CGACCGAACAGAGCCAGUCAAGACCACUACUACAACUACCGUGACAAAGACAAUGGUUGCUAUCACAACCAAAGAGCGUCCCGUCCUCCGCGUGGUGAACGGUAAUAGCAGCUGCGAGGGUCGCGUUGAAGUGUUCCACGGUAACCUCUGGGGCACGGUGUGUGACGACGACUGGCAGCUGCCCAACGCCCAGGUGGUGUGUAGGCAGCUGGGUUGUGGUCCCGCUAUCGCCGCCAAGAUCCUGGCCUUCUUCGGCUACGGCUCGGGUCCCAUCUUGCUGGACAACGUGGACUGUACGGGCAGUGAAAUGAAACUGGAGAAUUGUUUCAAUCUGGGCUGGGGACAGCACAACUGUGGACACCAUGAAGACGCUGGAGUUAUCUGUGCACCCUUUCAGCCUGUUCGAGCUGGAAGAGACUUCACCGUGACAGAAACAACGCGCACCACUAGACCACCAAGUGACGGCAUGGUGAGGUUGGUAGGCGGGCAGCACCACUGCGAGGGUCGGGUGGAGAUGUUCUCGGGGGCGAAAUGGGGUACGGUGUGUGACGACGCCUGGGACAUGCCAGAUGCCCAGGUAGUGUGUCGCCAGCUGGGCUGCGGGGAGGCUGCUGCGGCUCGCGGGGAGGCCUACUUCGGGCCCGGCAACGGCACCAUCCUCCUGGACAAUCUGAAGUGCAGUGGCUCCGAGACCUCGCUCCAGCAGUGCUCACACAUACCCUGGGAUGUACACAACUGUGACCAUUCUGAAGACGCUGGCGUCACGUGCUCACUGUUGUGAUUCGAGCAGCGAUUCGCCGCCAGGGAGCCGUCAAACUACUUCCACCUCCACUGGCAACUGGUGGGCAUAACCCGGGACUUGUAAACAUGAUGUAAAUAACAGCUCACCCCAAUUCCAAAUGGAAGGAAGACAACAACAACAAAAUAAAGAAAUAAAGAAAUAAAACAAAUUAACAUAUGACAUUAUAUUAUUAAAUAUUAUGAUUAUCUU